GUUUUACCAGGAAAACAAACUUGCCUAAUUUGAUAAUCGCCUAUUUACUAGGACAAACCAUGACAAGGAAAGAGUGCUGCGUCCGAAAACAACAGCCACUUAGCAGGGUAUAAAAGGGGACCUGGGGCAAAGAGACUUCAAAUCUUACAAACCCACCCUCCUGGAAACUCACCCAGAACCUCUACCCUCUGACACCAUGGUCAGCUCCUGUUGUGGCUCCCUUUGCCCUGAGCAGGGCUGUGGCCAGGAGACCUGCUGCCGCCCCAGCUGCUGCCAGUCCACCUGCUGCAGGACCACCUGCUGCCAACCCAGAUGCUGUGUGUCCAGCUGCUGCAGGCCCCAGUGCUGCCACUCUGUGUGCUGCCAGCCCACCCGCUGCCUCCCCAGCUGCUGCAGCUCUAGUUGCUGUCGCCCCAGCUGCUGCCAGACCACCUGCUGCCGUCCCUCCUGCUGUAUCUCCAGCUGCUGCCACCCCUCCUGCUGUGGUUCCAGCUGCUGUGGCCCCUCCUGCUGUGGUUCCAGCUGCUGCAGGCCCACAUCCUGCAUUUCUAGCUGCUGUCACCCCAGCUGUUGCCAGACCACCUGCUGCCGCCCUAUCUGCUCUAGCGGUUCUUGCUGCUGAGCGCCCUGUACUGUACCAUCAAUCAAACUUCUUGAUGUAGUCCAUCUGUGAGCUGAAUUAUGAGA